CAUCUAGAUCAACAAACAUGGCUGACGCCUAUCUCUGGGAGUCUCUCCUCACCCACCUCGCCCCGGGGGCAGUGGCGGUGGUCUGACCCCCCUCCCUCCCCGGGCGCCGGACAUGGACAGCAGCGGGGGCGACAACAGCCCGUCCCUGAGCGAAAGCGCGGGCUCCAGCUCCUGGAGGAAGUCCUGGGACAACAGCAGCACCCAGUCCGCACUCAAUAUCGGGGGCGGAUCAGAAAUAGAUGGUGGUGAUGAAGACAAGGAAAUUGCAUCGAAAGCAGUGGCAUUCGUGAUCAGAAGUUCUCGGAAGGGCGUGGUCACACUUUGUGCUGACGUUGCCAAUCUCCUGAAGAUCAAGUGGAGGUUAGAGCGGACCAUCAAGACCCAGCAGCUGGAGAUCCACCGUUUGCUCAGCUCCUCACGGGCACAUUGGAACCUCACCACAGCCAGCACGCAAACAGACUCCACUGGGCCUGGCGGCCCGGACCUCUUCUCGGGCGACCAGCCUGGCACACAGCCCUCUCCCCGCCUCACUCUGCAGGCAAUGGAAGCCGCAUUGCACAAGGAGGAACAGCAGUUUGUGUUCCGGGAAUCUCCCAGUGCGCUUCACCAGCCGGGUCAGGAAACAUCGACCGCACCACGGAAUGCCGAGUUGCCCCGGGAACUGAUCCGGAGCCACAAGUCUACGGUGUCUCGAGAGGUCCAAGUGGAGUGUCCGAAGGUCCUCAUGCAGAAGAGGUGUGAGGAGCAGCUAAUGGAAACACUGCUGUUAAAUUCCCGCCUGACAGAAGAUUUGGGAAACGCGUGGCGACAGAUUGAACUUCUGCGUGAUCGUCUGAGGCAGAAUGAGAAACAGCCAGAGGAGAUUCUGUCGGUGGAACACACACCCAACGAGAGGGGCACUGUCCAGAGGCAGGAAUCGAUGUGGUGUGACACGGAACCAUUCCCCGCUGCCUGUCACUGUCAGGCCCCAUGCCAGGGUACGGGCCAAGAGAGUUACAGGGAAAGCCAGUGCUCCAGACAGAAGCCGAGUGAAACAGAACCGGGCAGGGGGAAGAAACCCUCAAUGAAUUGCACGGUUCCAGCUACUGAAAGCCGGCUACAGCCGAGGUCCCGUCAUGAGUCACCAAGGACGAGGAGUCCUGAUUUUCUGGUCGAUGCCACUUUAAGUUCCUCUGUCUUCCCUUUCCCCAUGGUCGGCUGCCAGUGCUCCAGCUGCGUCUCCUUCUUCAACAACUACAAGCUGACCACCCAUCGGAACGGCCACGACAAGGAGAUCAAGCCACUGCUGCACUUCCAGAGACAGAAACUUCCUAUCAACGUGAACGAUUACGUCAUUGUAAACGGUAACAAGUCAGGCACAGCUCGCUACGUUGGCCAUUUAGACAGCUCGGGAAUGGCUAAUGCGGUCUUUGUUGGUGUUGAGCUGGAUGAACCUAGUGGGAAACACGACGGCGUAUUUGAAGGAAAGAGAUACUUUCAGUGUUACGAGAACUUUGCCAUAUUUGUCCCCGUGCAUGAGAUAUUUUACGUUAUAAAUAGAAAGCCAAAGAAAUCCAUUUCCCCUCCAGCCCCGAGGUCAGUUCAACAUCGGUGUUCCCUGGGCUCCCUUACCUCUCUGACCAACGACGCUGGGGGUCACGCCGAGCACAGCCACCCAGCCAGGAAGAAGCAGCCCUCACCCAAGGACCUUAACCCAACCAGGAGAACGCUGAGGAGACCUGCUGCCUCGGCCCCCUCCGGGGCACCGGACGCAGCCACAAGCCCCUCUCAGGAAGAGUGGAACAAUGGUAAUGAGAGGACGGAGAAGGCACCGGUCUCGCCCUCGCAGCCCAAAACCAACAGCCGGGGUCUCACCAUCACCGCAAGUCUACCUCCCGACUUCAGUCACUACAGACCAGUCUACGCGCCAAACAGGACCAGCCCCAGGAAGGUUGUCAGGCGAUAGUGAUGGAGAAGCCACACUGGAGGAGAGUGGUCAGAGACUGAGGGGAAGCCUUCCAUCGAAAAGACGAAUCCUGAUGGCGUACCGAUCGACUUGUUUUGUGAGCAACACUGAAACAGACUUGUAUCACGUAGACCUUGGGCUUGCGACUGGGGCCCGGCAAGUAGCAUUAGUGAACCCACACUGACAAUACCAAGACUGACUGAAUCCAGAACUGGGUAGCACUGAGAGCCACACUGUCACUGUUUACUGUAGUGUUUAAUACUGCUGGUACACAACUGUAUCGAAUAAAACCUGCACUGAAAUCGCACUCAGCUGCUGUGCACUUGAUAUUGG